CUCUGCUUAGGCAGAGCAACUCUCCCAGCAGCCCGCCUAGAACACCUCCCCUAACCAUGGUAUGAUCGUAGCACGUGGUCUGCAAAGUCGGACACUGGCCUCUCCAGUCAACCCCAGCCGGCCGAGGGAGCUUUUAGAAGGUCCUGAAAGGGAGCCAGCUACUGGCAUAUCUACACAGCUGACAAGAUGCAGCUCAACCCUCGGUCUCAGGACAACACCUGGAGACAUAGACACCAGGGCAACUGCGCCAAGCCUGAGGGUGGCGUGCCCUCCUCUCCGGAGUUCCACCAGUCUGACCAGGAGACCACCACUGAGCAGCUUCAUUGCCCCCCCUCUCCUGGGGCCGGAAGACCCCGCCUGCCUCACUCUUCAGAGAACACAACCCUCAACCCCACCCAGCAGGAGAUGCUGGCUCCUGAGAGCAGCAAGCCUGGAGUUCAGGGGGAGCAGUUGCAGAACGCAGCCUUGCAGAAGUCGGACUCCCCAGAGGAAAUAGCCCCAGGAAAUAUUAAAUAUCGCUUGGAGCCCCUUCCCACAGCUCCACUCCAGGUGGCGCCUCCAGGCUCCUUCCGCCAGUACUUCAAGCCUCGCUGGUUCCCCUUGGGUACCACCCACGGAGAAAGUUUCAAGCCGUGGAAGAUAGAGCCUGUGGCUUACUGCAGGGAGAAGUCCUCCCAUUCAGGGGCACUCCCGUCCCUCAGACAGAUCCCAAUAGUGGGAACCACCAACCCAGAAGGAUACAGGAAGAAGCGAGGAUCCCAACCUUCUGUCUUUAAGAGCUCUUCGGGCAUUAUUUGGCUACAAGGUGACCAUGACAUGACCACGACUCGUCAGAUUUCCUUCCAGAGACCUCUUCUUCGUCAGCCGAUAUUCCCUGUUCAUACUCCUGGCAGAAAAGUGGCAUCAAUAUUGCGUCCAGGCCACGUGGAGUACAACAGUCAGUCUCACAAUGUCUUCCAAGGCCCCGGGUGGAGACAAGUCCUCCCACCGGACCCAGACAAGAGCAGCCAGGCGAUCCAACAUGCAUUCCUCUCUUCCCAGAUGUCUUAUCUACCUUCUCUCAAGUCCAUGGUAAAAAGAGUCAAGGGUAAGUGCCCCGUUGACACACUUGGGGUCUUGAAAGCCAAGUUCCCAACGGAAACUACCAGCCAGCAAUUCUUCCAGGACUGGGGAGCUCAGUCCCAAGUGCGCUUCGGACCUCACGAAAGAGGCUACGGAAAGGGCCUGUGGAUGGGCUCCCAGGCUCUACCUGGAGAUCAGACGACCACCAGGACCACCUACAUGCCCCUGUUUACCGAGAGGGUGAAGCUGUGUCAGCCCCAGAUCAAUAGCAUCAAGUCUGAGGCAAGCAGCUUCGCUACCAAGCCCAAGAAAUCACUCAGGCCAGUCCAGGUGCCUGAAAGUCAGCUGCAGCAGCACGUGUGCCCGGAGAGCAGGUCAGGAGAAAGAGAUCGCUUGGACAGCCUACGUGGAAGCACACGGUUCCAUGCACACAUGUCCUAAACUCAAACUGAGGACGGAGGUCUCCAGAUAGCUACUUCACAGCCUGGCUUCAGCUCCCUCACUGGGCCCGCCCAGCCACACCCUAACCCUAAGCCGGCUUUCUCUGGCACUCAUUAAUUAGGGUGAGUCCACACUGUAACGUAAGGAAGCACUCUGCAUCCUGGAAGGGUGGUGUGGUCCAGGAGGCAGGAGUGAAAAGGAAGUCAUCCCGCAAACCGAUGACUCAACAAGCCAGUGGCCAAGCAUCAAGGCAUCUUCAGUCACUACCAAUAGUUCAUUAAAUCCUGCUUGA